AAAAUGUGCAUAGAUCACAGUCACGUGCAUUAUCUUGCAAAUUCCAGAAGGGACUGGAGGAUGCUCAACGGCUGCAGACUAUACUUCAGAACACAUCAGUCCCAAGAGGAACACGAAGUGGCAUAGCUCUGCAUGACUGUCUCUACAGAAUGGUGUUUAGUAAUCGUCAGAGUAGGAAUGCAUUCCUACGACGGUUGCUGCAAGAGUUUGAUGUAAAGGGACUUUUAGCAAAUUCAACAAAUGAGGAGGAAAAUGCUGAAUCACUUUUGGCCCGACUCCCAGCAAAUAUAAACUCAUUACAAACUUGUGUUACAUCAUUUCAUGGUUUGAAGCUCCUCUUGUCCAUCAGAGAACACUUGCAGAAAAUUUAUUCUAUAGGCAACAGUAAAAUUUCACAGUAUACACCUAAGGAACACCUGAAACUUUAUGAAAAAUCUCUACCACAACAACACAAUAUAUCAUUUGAGCCAAGUGAGAUAUUGAAUGAUUUAACUAAUCAAGGACACAAAAUGGCAAAAACUUCUGAAAGAAAGAAGCUUGUCCAGAAAUACCUGGAGUUCAAACAACUCCUUGAAACUGACCUUGAAGAUCCUGAUAUCUCUAUUGGCAGAGAACAUGGAAAUGAAGAAUACAUUGCAUUACUGAAAAAUAAAAUGAAUGUAAACAAGAGUAAUGUACCUAAGAGUGCCCCUAGUAGGAAGGAUUCACACAAACGGAAAAAAUUAAAUUGCAAGAAAAAAAUAGGAAAGAAACAAAGAAGGACAUCAGAAGAUGAAACUGAAGAAGAGAAUCAUAGCAGUUUUAAUGACAUAUCUGAUGGAUCAUAUGAUAUGUGAUGUUUCUGCUUGUGAUAUUGCUUCCAAAUCUUAUGCUACAUGCCAAAGAGAAACUGCAAAGAUCACAGAAUACAGGUGGAGCAGAAACUGCUUGGAAAUUAAUACUACAUUUAUUAGUUUCACA